AUUAAAAAGGUUGCACUGACUGCAACAAAUGUUGAUGGAACUCCUGGAGCAGUUUUGACUAAAAUCACUUCCGAUAAUCCUCCCACAUGCAAUUUAAAGUUUACAAUUAUUGCUACGAUAGCUACAAAGGAGAGAAUCAUGACCACGGCCAAACCGGAUGAUACUAUCUAUGAUUUCCCGAGUAGUACUAAUAUUCAACUUAAAGCAGUUGCCCUCACGGCGAUACUCAAAAGUGACCCAAGCGAUAUUGUUAGUGUAAAUAUUCCACCUUACAAGCAGGGAAAACCCCCACCAGAUGUGAAAAGUUUAGAGUUAACUGGUACAUCACCCAAAUCAAUAACUGCCCUCUGGACAGCACCGGACAUUGUGGACAUAGUAGGAUAUCUCAUUUCAACGACGCUAGUUAAAGACUCUCAACCAUAUCCCCAAUAUAUUGCAACCGAAAUUGGAUCCGGUUCCUUUGAAAUACCUGAUCUGACUGAAUGCUCGUGGUGUUCAAGUUAUGACAGCAAUUUUGUAUCAUACAAAGUAGACGACGCGUACAUGGUUUGGUUGACUGAUGUCCGCUAUGCUGGUGCUGAUAAUAGACAACCCCAACAUCUCACACUUGUUGAUGCAGCCUCUUUUCCGAACAAUACAGAUUAG